CAUACACAUGACCUUUACAAUAUGGACAUGAGCGCCUAUUUGGCUGUCUAGGCGUGCGACGGAAAAAAGUUCAAGAUACGUGCGUGUCGUUUGUGAACAUUGAUGUGUACCGAGGAAACGACAAAAUUAAGUGAUCUUUAACUUGGUUAUUCAAGAAAAACAGUUAGAGCACACACAACUUGGUGAUCACAAGUGACGCGAUAUUUGUCGUUCGCACGCGGGCGGAAGGGGGAAGAGAGGGAUGGUGGGUACGAAGGGAGAUCCGAAUUUUUCACCUCGAGCAGAUGUGAUUGUCGCGAACAGAUUUUCCCUGUUUCCGAACAGGAGUUUCUGCCCAGGACAUGCCGUGCACGUUGGGGCGUAGUGUUGUUAACCACAUCGUGAACUCCAUUCGCGUGUUUCCGUAAAGUGCUCGAUAUAUAAGGGGUGUGAGAAGAGAAGUGCGUUCUCUCAUCGACCUGGAAUGCUGCCGUGUUUUGAUGUGCCUACUAUUGCGCAUGAAAAAAUCGUACUGCCCUUGACAAUAGCCUAUUUACCCGAAGCAGGCCACCUUUAUACCGCGCUAACCAGCGAUAAGAGAGGUUCAACCACCCACCUGCGUGUGUAUCGCCCGUUCCUCUCUUUUUCUCUACCUCUCUACGUAUUUCCUCUAAACGUGCGAGCGAACGGCCACGGAACGUGCGCGCGCGCGCGCGCACACGCACACACACACACACACACACACGCGCUUCCACACUUAUUUCUGUUGUGUACACGUGAACACGCCCGCGUGUGUCUCCUCCGUCUUUUCUGUAUCAUCGUGUAUACAAGCGUUUCUUUUAUAUGUGUUUGUGUGUGUAUACGCGCCAACCAUUGUGGACCACGCAGUAAAUUGUGUUAUUCGACGCGAUAAACAGGUGCACAAGCCUUAUAACCCAGAAAAAUACUUCCGAAAGAUUUCAGCGGGUCUUCUCGAUAAAGACAUUAAUUAAAUGCAAAAUACGCAAAUAGUUGCAAAUACUAUUGACCUCAGGUUGCGUACAAUCCCCUCUGGGAUAUCAGAGCGAUGAAUCGUGGCGGGCGAAAUUAGACAAAACUGCGCGACAGGUGGAACUUAAACCCAUCGAGAACCGCCAUCGUAGAAAUCUGAACAGGUAUACACGAUCCCUGUUUUCCAUGAAACUGGUAGAAAGGAUUUCCGGUUUUUGUUGGAGGAUCAAGUGUUUCCUAAUUUCAUAACCUCGGAAAACGUGGUCAGUCGAUAGUAGUACACGCUUGUCUCACGGGCUGCAUCGGAAGGAGCGAUCUAUACGACGCCCUUAGUACACAUUGAGUGCACAUGCACCGUGGUGGCGUGUUAUUGCUUAUUUACCCCCGACACGUGCUUCCACCGUUAGCGUGCCUCGAGUACAACGAUAUCGACGACGACGACAACCUUACCGUGAUAAAAGCAGGACGGUAGACACGUUGCGCAAAAACACAACAAUAAGAUUUUGCGAGUUUUGAAAUACAUAUUUUUGAAUUCCUGUCAUGUGCACGAAAGUGGUGAUAUACGAUUGGAUUGCUUCGGAUAUUUGCUUUGCGUUCUUUCGCUAAAAAUCCUUUAUAACGGAAGUGUUACUCACGGACAACGUGGGUGGGAACCACGCAUUUCUCCCCACAAUGGACUAUCGAUAUAGCGUGUUUUGAUAGAAGAUGCGCGUGACAAAUUGAUUAUACGUAACUAUUCUGUACCAUGUAAAUGGUACAGAGUGAUGUGUCUUUAAAGGACCCGCAAGAUUUUCAUCGCGACGACGACGACGGCCUUUUCGAUCGUCACCGCGACGAUGUCUUCGGGCAGGGGUUUAGCCUCCCCCUCGGGAGGUCCCGUUGUUCUCUCCGGACAUGUGAAAAAAUUGAAAACUCAGAAGAAGAAAUUCUUCGUGCUACGAGGCGAAGCUGCCGGAUAUCCUGCUUGUCUCGAGUAUUACGAUAGCAAAAAGAAGUUUGAGAACAGACAGCCACCUAAACGUAGCAUCUUGUUAGACAGCUGCUUUAAUAUCAAUAAACGCGUGGACACCAAGCAUAAGCACGUUAUCGCAUUGUACACGAAAGACGAAUGCUUCUGUUUGAUUUUGGAAAGCGAAAAAGAACUGGAUGAAUGGUUGAAAGCAAUGCUUUUACUUCAGAGCGGAGAUGUAGCCGAUGGAGAGCAACCUCGGCCUAUAUUUGAACAUGUAUGGCAAGUUACAAUGCAGAAAAAAGGACUGGGUGAAAGAAAGAAUAUCCAUGGUCCCUAUAGGCUGUGUUUAACUGAUCGAACAUUAAGCCUAGUGAAAAUUGGGGCAAAGGAUAAUUCAGAUUCAAUAGAAUUUCCUUUAAUUUGCAUCAGACGGUGUGGAUAUAUGGAUCGUAUCUUCUAUAUGGAAGUAGGUCGUUCUGCAGUCACUGGUGGUGGUGAAUUGUGGAUGGAAGCUGAAGAUAAUAAUAUAGCACACAAUAUGCAUGCUGCUAUCAUGAAUGCCAUGAGCAAUUCUAAUAGUAGCAAAGAUGAUGUGGAUCCACGUCAAAGAAGGCAUAGUUUUUCACCAUUUGAGACCAGCAAGCCAAUCUUUGUUUCACAACGUCGUCAUACUGGACAAAAGUUUCACAAUUUUUCACCAUUAGAGGAACACAGGACGCACGAGGAGCAGGUGGAUCCAGUACAGGAACAGGAGCAGUCUAAUCAGACUCAGAGUAUCUCUUCUUGCAAUACAGUCAUGGUCGUUGCUGGUACCGGGGCUGGGACUGCUGGGAAUGCCUCGACUAAUACCAACUGCGCCACUACCACUAGACGUCGUCAUUCGGUAGCGAGUCAUCCCCAUUCCGUCAAUAAUUCCCAAUCCGUUCAUGUUACAACAAGUACAACAACAACCACCACCACCACCACUAUUACCAUCACUACGACCGCUACUGUGACCACCACAACCGCGACCGCUACAAUAUCCCAUCAGAGAACCCUGUCGCUGCCCUUAGCUGCCGUUAUUAUCAAUCAAAUGCAAUCAUCUAAAAGAUCAGUUUUAUGCUGUGCAAACGGCCGCGACAGAUGUGACAGUUUGCCAUCGAGGGCUCGCACCACCAGCGAGAGUCAUCCUGCAUCGGUACUAAGUCAUCCUAGAAGCACUCAUUUCGUACCUCACGUACUGAGACCACAUUCCAUGUACGUGAGGGGUCUUUCAUACUCGCCACCGAUCUCAUCAAUGCCUAUUAGUCCUGCUUCUGGAGCUUGUUCCACGGACUCAGCGGGAUCGUCUCUUUCGAUGGAUGAAGGUGGUGAGAAUAUAUUAGAAGAGGGUACGGUAUCGCGAUAUGGACAUUCAUUAACGCCAGACGAGCCUGUUAUUUUAGAGGAAAAUGGUGAUGAUUACGCGCCUUGGUCCACGUCACAUUCGCAUCACAAAUAUUCGCCAAAUUUUAAGUCUCAUUCUCCCUCGCAGCAAAGUUCCUACAUUGAAAUGUGCAGCCCUUGCAGUUCAAGUCCCGGUCGUAGCGGAGUAUAUAUGCCAAUGAGUGCAGGGACAGGUCAUUCGCAUUCUCGAGCAUCAUCUCUCAUCGAAGAAUCAAAUACUUUACCAGAAGGUUAUGUACCUAUGGCACCCGUUGGAAACAAUGGAUACGUUGACAUGGUUCCUUCCCAUAAUCAUAAUGGUCACUUUCCUGAUGACUUGUCACAUGCUGGCAGUAGUUGUUCCGUUACUUCUGGUACACCCAGUACAGAUUUGCGAUUCUCCGAAUAUCACUUAGAUAAAGUAACAAGCUUUUUGCCACCUGGGGAUGAUUUACAAGCUAGACCAGUGAGAGCUUAUUCCAUCGGGUCUCGACCGGAACCUGUGAACAGGCAUCGUAAAAAUAGAUUGGAUAUUGCUCAGCAAGAAGCUAGUAGAGUGCGAGCUUUUUCUGUAGGUAGCAGAUCUAAGAAACCUGAGAUUGGAAGGCUAUCGAACGUAGUUACUGUACUGUUACCUGGUGCUGGUGAACACUCAAAUUCCAACAAAUCAAACUCGGCGCCAUUACUGUCCAGUUCCUGGGGACAUAAUUCUGGUUGUUCCAUAACCUCCGAGCGAAUGGAGGAUUUAAUGGAAUUAGACUUUACUAAACCCAGUAUUUCUGCAACUUUCAAUUCACCGCCUUCAUCUUACUCGCAAUCGCAAUCGCAAUCUCAGUCACACUCAUACUCUACUGCCACUGACACCAGUUCCUAUGUUGAUAUGUCUCCUGGUCAGCCACCUUCGUCGACUGCUCCUUACGUCGAUAUGAGUCGCAUAAAUAAGAUCAAUCGUAAUAACAAUAAUAAUACAAUCACUGCCAAUCAAAAUCAUAGUCAUAUUCAUAUAUCUGCUGCUUCUACGCAUAAACCAAUAAUUACUACUUUGAAGCCCGUGGAAGAAGCAGAAGGGCCAUACAUGAGAAUGGAUAGUGUAAUGGAGGAUUGGUCACGAUCCGAUACGAGUCCUAAACUAAUUUCCUCACCCAUGCAAGAAGAAUGCGUGCAAUCAAAUGGACCUCCAGAUUUCAAAUAUAUUUUAGGAGCCACGAGAACGGCGCCAGUCGAUCUUCCACGACGUCCACCAGCGGACUACGUCGAUAUGAAUUUUAAACCGAGAUUAGGCUUGGAACAAGAUUACAUAAACAUGAAUAUGAGCAACCGAAACAAUCGUAAAUCAGCAACGCGGACAGGUAGUCGCAAGGAGAAGUCGCGUUCGCAGCCGAUCGCGAUCCAAGCAGGAAACAAACCUAUAAAAACGCCUAGUUUCUUACCCCUUAACGGAAGUCCAGAGUCAGAGAGUUUAGCGAGUACUCCGGCGUCGCCUCCGCGAGCAACGCCAACAGGUUCCUCGGCAACAAUCUUCCCUUUCUCCUUGAACAGCCCACAGUCUCCUGAGAAAUCGUUUACUCAUCAAAAAACUAACGACGAAUUAUCAGAAUUGAACACCAAUUCCAAAAGCAACGACCGUACCAUUCUGGAACCUGCGAACAAUAGAGUGAACAAUUCUGUAACGGAAGCGAAUAAUAUUUCGCCAAAAGCAACGAACGAUAGACCUUCUAGUCCUGCAGAAAAGGAUAAUCAAGUUAAUCAAGUUAAUCAAGUGAAUUCGUUGACCUCGCAAGAUAACAUGUUGAACGCUAUAACGAAGAAGUUCUCCGAUUUGCACCUGUCGAAACCACCACGUUUGAUAACCGCAACUCCAAACACCAGCCCCACGUUGACUGGGUUUAAAUCAACCACUGAAAAACAACCAUCUUCGCCAAAAUUGUCAGACGAAACGCCGACACCUACGCCUAGCACUGCACCGAGUCCGUUGGAAAAGGAGUGUCAGGAUAAAGUGCAAUCUGGUGCCGAAGUCUUACACUACGCUAGUCUUGACCUUCCGGAAGUCGGUAGCACGGCGCCUGUCUCGCCGGCGUCUCAAGAAGGAUUUAAUUACGCCGAAAUUGAUUUCGCCAAACUUAAACAAAAUUAAAACAGGUAUCUCGAAUUCGGAUGAAAGAGGUGUAUCGGUGUAACGCGCGCGUCACGUGUCUAGAAAUGCUGAAUUGACUCAUUGCCUUAUUAUUUUUUUUUUUUUUUAUAAUUUUCUUCGCUCGUCAGGACAACAGGGCAUGGCAAUCGUUCUAACAUUGGUCGAGCUGAAUUAGCAAAAAAUCAGUGCAUAAACUGACAAAUGCGAAUUGUAAAUAGUAAACAAUUUUUUUCUUUUCUUUUUUUUAUCUUUAAUUAUGAUCAUUUUAUUGAUCGUAUACUUUCGAUUUUAUGAAAGAUUUGAAAAACACAAAAUAGUGCCUAUACUUCUGGUUAUAUCGUAACGGAUAUGAUUUUUUAUUCGCAAGAUGGCGAUUAUGGGGAAUAUUGUUGUAAGUUGAAGCGUUCAUUUGAACUCGAGGUUGGAGCAUAUUUGCAUGUGUUGCUUACCGAUGUUUUAACGUGUUCAGAACGUGAAUUUAUUAUUGCUAUUAUUAUUCUUUUUUUAAUGUCCUUUUGAUGAGUAAUAUUGAUCGAUAUAAGGUAACGAAAUUUUAUCUCGUUCAAUGUGUUUUACUACCUUCGAAUAUAUUAGAUCGAUAAGUAUUCUUAUAAACGAAAAGUAAAUGUUCUCGAUUUUGAUGGAAAAUUAUAGUAUUUAUCGGUUCAUUUUAAAUAUAUUUUUAAGCGUUGAAAGCGAUUUAAUCUAACGUUAUAUUAUAUUAAUCAUGUUAAUUUUAGCUACUUUGAUUAGAAACGUUUGAAAUGUACAACGAUAAACCACCAGAAACAUGAGUACUAAUUGCGAGCUAGCAAAUUGACAUAUUGUUCCUUUGCGUAGGAAAUAAUUAGUGCUCGACAAUGUUGGAUCGAUGCAAAGGUCAUAGGGAACUCGUAUUUCAGAUAGACCUGCUCACAUUGAACAUAUACAUAUGAGUAUGUAUAUGUUAUCAAGAUUUUCGUAUCUGUUAUAAACUACCUAUGAAAUACUGUUUCAUACGAUCCAUUUGCAACACGUGCAAAGUUUUAAGCGAAAGUGAGAUUAGAAAUGCGCAUAAUCUAUUUCAG